UGACGCAAAAUGGCCGAUAAGUGACUGGGCUCGUCCUCGUUGGCUAACAUCACAUUUCUUAAAUCUAGUGUUACCUAGAUCACAUCUGCAGUCAGUGGAGUGGCACCGAUUUACGCUAAAGUCUUCUGUCAUACGGGCCGGGUUGUAAACAUGGCGAUAGAAGCCUGGUACAUGGACAACUCUGAUGAAGACCAAAGAAAACCGCACAAGCUCGACCCGAAUCAACCCGUUUCGUUGGAGGAGUUGAAACAACUUGGAGUUUUUUAUUGGAAGCUGAAUGCGGACAUCUAUGAAACAGAUCCAGAACUGCAGCUCAUCAGGAAAGAGCAAGGCUUCUCCUACAUGGACAUCAUCACCAUUGAGAAGAACACGCUACCAAAUUAUGAGGAGAAGUUAAAGAUGUUCUUUGAGGAACACUUGCAUUUGGACGAUGAGAUUCGCUACAUCCUUGAUGGCCAGGCUUACUUUGAUGUCAGAGACAAAGAGGAUCGCUGGAUAAGAAUUGCCAUGAGGAAGGGUGACCUCAUUACCCUGCCAGCCGGGAUUUAUCACCGCUUCACAUUGGACGAGUCUAAUUACACUAAGGCUAUGAGGCUGUUCGUCGGGGAACCAGUGUGGAAAGCCUACAACAGGCCAGCAGAUGACUAUGAGAUUCGAAAGAAAUAUAUGGCUUCCCUGCAGAAAUGCUAAAAAAUAAAUAAAAUCAAUGUAGGUUGAAAUCAAAGCAUCUGUGCCAUAACUUAAUGCAAGAGAAUUUUUACUGGAAACUUUCCAACACAACCCUGCAGUAGUUUUGUUUCAUAAUGUACUUCAUGUUUGUCAUAAUAUUGAAGCAACAUAUUCAUAUGUACGGUACAUGCAAUGCAUAUUCCCCCCCCACGAAUCAUUGUAGUCACUCUAAGAAUUGUUUGCAUAGGUCUAGUUUACUUUACUUUUUUUUUUUUUUUAAAUUAAAAGGUUAAGACAUUCCUUAAUUAUGAUCAGUACAAUGUGGAAACAGUAACAUUGAAUCAUCAUGUUCUUUUCAGAAUGCAAUAAUGAUAAUAAAAUUAUUUUGAUAUCUUUUAAUUUAUGUAUAUACAUACAAACAGCAUAUAGUCUACACACCCCUGUUACAAUGCCAGGUUUUUUUCACCGAUAAAUCCCAAGAUUAACCACUUAACCAUAUGUAUUUUAAAAAAUGUAUACAGGUUAAAAGUUAAAUUUUAGAGAUCAAUAUUUUGAAUCCUGAUUUCAUUUGAUAAAUUCUGUACAUGUUUUCCCCUCUUUUGCCAAUAGAUGACACACAUUGAAAAUAAACUAUGUAUUUGUUAUAACCACCAAAAAUAUUGAAUAGCAACAGACAGCACCACAAAGGAGUUCUGGACCAGAAUACAACUGUGCAUCAUAACAAUCUGGCAUUUGAACAGGAGUGUAUAAUUUUUCAGGUCUGCUCCCAACUCCCACCACAUUCACCCGCAGGAUUACACUCAGGGUAUUUUACAAUUAAUUGCAGUAGAUUAUUUAUAUUGUACAAUUGGAGUGCCAUUAGACAGUUAAUCCAGUACAGUAUUAUGGGUGUGUGCUUAGAGGAAAAGUUUCAAAAGGACCCAAGCAGUGCAAGCUCAUUAGACUUGAAGCAUAGUGAGUAUCAUCUCAGUAUAAUGCCCGUCUUGAAAACUGAACAACAACUGACUAAAAGAAAAACGAUCUGUUUGUUGCAGUCCUUUAACAUUUUGUAGGGACAGCGUUCCAGAACUUGGGGGAGGCAGGGCAGCUAUUAAAACUUUGAAAAAAAUGGAGGCCUCGUAUUGGACCUAUUAAAGAUGGUGUAUUUCUUGAAAUGUAAUAAUGUUUGCUUCAAACAUUAUAAAGAGGAAAUCAAAUACAUGAGAACAGGAAACUAGACAUUGGGCCACUUUGUUGGUUUCUAUAGCCUCUCUACUGAGGCUAAUAUUUAUUAACCAAUUUAAGGUGGAAAAAACCUGGACUGUCUUUGAUAUAUGGCGGAAAACACAGACAAGGCUGAAAAAGCAGUUUCUGGUCUUGCGCCCCUCUUUAAAAUAAACUGCUGUAAUUUAAACCAAAAGAACUGUUGUAUUUGAUAGAACAAUAUGUCUAUAUGCUGCCAUAGCAGAUUCAUGGCGCAUUCAGCCCCCAAACUAUUUUUAAUUUGACCGUUUUACCCUGAAAACCCCCGUUUACAGACGUCGCGCAACCGCUUUUGUUUCAACCCAGCCAUAAAACGAAGGUAAUUAUAUUAUUCAAAUGUCUGUCGUUUUUAGCUUAGAAUCAUUGAUGUAUCAUAUUUCAUGUUUAAAAAAAAAACUCGCUUUUUUUUUUUUUUUUUGGUUACUGUCGCAUUUCUCCGAUAUGUUAGAUGAUAAAUAACUGAUCCAAACAGAGAUAAAAAAAAAAAAAUUAAAAGGGUAAAUACUGUAUAUGAAAAUCUCGACCACUCCUUGAUGUCUGCGAUUUCUGCAUCGCGACCCUUGUUAUAUUACCAUGUUUCACCCAUAAAAUUCCCCAAAAAUCUAGCUGUGGCCAUUCACAGCUGUGUCUUGACACUCAAUGCUACAUGGAGUUUUUGGAUCGAAACAAGGUAAGUACGCGAUAAUAUCCCGUUAAAGUCAUGGCGUCUGUAAUUCUGCUCUCGUGUGCUCUCGCCUCCAGAUAGUGUUUUGUAGUUUAAAAAACAUUUUUUU